GUUCCUUUAUUGGUGCAAAAAUGAUAUUUAGCCGAUAGAUUUUGUGUUUGAUUUGAUGUGUUUGUUGCUAUUUCUACCAAUUUGAGUGUUGUUUUUGUGUCACCCUCAGUUACAGUAAACCAAAGAAAGAGAGAAGAUGGGGCGACGAUCAAUUAACACCACUAAAAGUGGGAAAUACAUGAAUCCCACAGAUCAGUUUAGGAAGGAAGCAAGGAAGAGAGAAUUAAAAAAGAACAAGAAACAGCGCAUGAUGGUACGACAGGCUGUACUGAAAGGAAAAGAUCCCUUGAAACUGUUGGAAGAAAUGGAGCUCAUUGAUGAAAUGGAAUACAAUCCUAUUGAUUCCCCAACACUCAACGAGAAGGUUUUGCGAGACAAGAGAAAAAAGUUGAAAGAAACAUUCCAACGAGUUUUAAGACUUUAUGAAAAGGAAAACCCUGAAUAUUGUUUGGAGUUGAAGAAAGCAGAAUCUGAGUAUGAGAGGAAACGAAUUCAGUUACAGAUAUAUUAUGAGCAAGUAAAGAAUGCCGAGAGGGUUCAGCUUGAUCAGAUUCCAUUACCAGACGUACCCGUGGAAACUACAAUUCCAGCGAUGAUUCCAUUACCUAAUGAAAUGCCCCUGCCUGGUAUGCCUGGGUUACCUAUGGCAGGCAGACUACCAACAGGCAUCUUGAAGAAAACUACGUCAUAUGGGCCGUCAUUAACAGAUUUUUCAAAACGGAAACCAGUGGGUCCUCCCCCUGGGACACCACCCCCUCUCAGUGACAGUGAGGAUGAAGAAUAUGACCCAGCUAAAGGUAUUGAGGAAAACAUCGGCACUGUUGAAGUUGAUGAGGUGGUGCACCCUGACGACAUCCUGGCCGCCGAACACGAGGAGAUUCCUCUCCCCGAGCCCAUUCCAGCCUCGAUAGCCAGCACAAUACCAACGCCAGAUGAGAUCUCAGAGCCACCUGCAAAACAGAGGAAAAUCCGGUUUGCUGAUGUUGAUUCGACAAGUGAACAGAAGACAGAAAAAGACACACGGCUGACGCUGAAAGCAAAGAAGAAGGACAAGAAGGAGAAGAAAGAGAAGAAGGUUUCCGCAUUGCAGGCCAUCAUGCUUCAGAUGGCAGGGCAGGACAUACCGGCCACACACUCAGACGAGGAGCAAGAAUCUAGUCAGAGUGAGGAGGAGGUGGAGGAGGAGGAGGAGCCGGUUGUGAAGGAGAAGAAGAAGACGCGCUUCGAGCCUGUCGAGGAUCUCAAACCCCCCGGAACACAGGACGAACCCCCGGACGACACACCCACUCCACCCAAGACUGUCGGUCCACCUGGACCUCCCCCGGGUGUCCCCCCUGGAGCACCUCCCGGGCUGCCUCCUGGUGUCAUGCCUCCAGGUCCACCCCGAGGUGCUCCCCCUAUGUUCCUGAGACCGCCUCCCCUUCGUGGAGGUCCCCCCGGUGUUCCUCCUCGUAUGCUGCCACCCGGCCCCCCUCCUGGUCGACCGCAGGGUCUGCCGCCCGGCCCUCCACCAGGUCUGCCGCCAAGUCUCCGUGGCAUGCCACCACGGUUACCACCAGGACCCCCAGGUAUUCCUCCGCAAAGAUUAAUGAGACCACCUGGAGUGGGACCUCCCAACAUCCUCCCUCCCGGCAUCCCCCUCCCCCCAGGUCUUGGUCCUCCCCCGAUGAACCCCAAUGUCCUGAGUGCUCCCCCGAGUAUCAUGAAACCGGCCCAGAAGACAGGGGGCGACAAGGAUGAGAAGAAGAACACGGCUACGAUAGAGGCGAAACCCCAGAUCAAGAAUGUUCUCGGAGAUGUGACAAGGUUUAUGCCCACGGCGCUGAAGGUGAAGCGAGGAAUCAAAGACGCCAAGGGAAAAGUGAAGCAGCCUAGCAAAGAGGAGGAGAAGAAAACAUUAACUACAGCAGCCACCAAACCAACCCCGAUGGUUGCCACGCAGACGAAGACGAAAGAUGACGCUUAUGAUCAGUUCAUGAUGGAAAUGGAAGACUUGUUGUGAUGUUUAGCAAAGGAUUCCUGUUUGUUUCAUAAGACUGUUUUAAUGCUGCAGUGAACAUACUUCUGACUCACUGGACACUUGCAAAGUUGUCCGUGUUCUAGUUUCAACACUUAAUUGUUUUUAACAACAGUGACUUGUCACUCGAGAAGACUAUGCUGAGUAAAACAGAGGUGAUAGCGGUCACAUGACUCAGUCUUUCUGUGUAAUGGUUAUUUGUGAUGGCAGCACUUGCAAUUCAGAAAAUUGAAUCGACAAAAACGGGUGCUGCAGAAAAACUAGUUUGCUUCAGCUAAAAGACACUUUGCCUCCUGCCUGAGAAUGUAUAUUUUAAAUAUCUACUGUAGUAUCUCUUCUCUAGAGUUACAGCAGCAAAACAAAACAAAUGCUGGCCAUAAUCAAUUUGUUUUUUUCUGAAUGAUGAUGCAAAUUCUGAUGGUUCUUGCAAGAAGUGUUAUUGUGAUUGACAGUAAAAUGUUAAGUUGUUGAUCUGUGCAGUACCAAGCAGUGUGUGACAGCCUUUACAAGAUUUUCUUCAAGCAGAGCAUCCAGAGAUGAAAAACGCAAUCUUAGGCAAAUCAAAUUGACCAUUUGACAAAUGUCUCCAUCUACAAAAGAUUCUAGCACACCUGUCCGGGGAACAUAAUGCAGGGUCUCCAGAUGAUUUGUGACAGUCGACCUACUAAAGGCAGAGUCACACCUGCGUGACUUGAAAUAUACCAUGAAUAUGACUACCAUUAGCCGUUUUGCAAACAUUUUAAACUGCUUGUUAAAAAUGAAUGAAGUUAUGUUUUUUUAUUUAUAGUUGCAUAACCAUAAUUCAGUUACAUAUUUUAUCAAUGUAAAACAGUCACAAAUUGUAUAGCAUCGUGUAGCAUAGCAAAGCAAUUUUAUACUAAAUUUGUCAUUGUUAUACUUCAGAAAAUCACAGACAGUUCUUAAAAUUAAAACAAGCACAUUAGUUGAAAUACACAUAAAUCAGUUUCUAACAUCCUUCCAAUGACCUGUUUUACGUAAUGAUGUCCCAUUGAUGUAAUGACAUCAUUUUCUAAGGUUUAUCAAAGGAUAAGAUUGAGAUUUUUAGUAACAUUGUCCGAUCUAUAAGACGAUUUAGUUUUUUAAAGUUAAAACGCCUUCUAAUCAUUGCUCAGCUAAAGUAUGGUGGAUAAGGCUAGAAGCCAAUUUAACCCUUUCAACCCCUGUUGAGAGUGUCUUGUCACAAGUAAUCUAUCCGGUUUAAAGGGCUGAGUUGGCCCACGGUAAGCUUCUCUGUUUAAUGUUUAUACAGCGAAGACAAGUUCUGGUUUGAUGGACACUCUGUUAUGUUAGUAGAGUUGUCUCCCAUUAACUGCAUACUUAGUUGUGUUUUUUUUUUUAUUAUAUUCUUUCAUGCAAUGAAUGUUUAUAAUAAUUAUGUGAAUAAAUUACUUUAUUCAUU